AUGCAGGACACUACCAGAGAGGCUCUGGUUGUUCCCAAUCCGUUCAAUCCGACAGCGACUACGCUGAAAACCACAAGGAAGCCAUUGGUUGUUCCAAAUCCUUUCGAGAAUUCUACAUCAACAUCUACAGGAUCAACGAGAGAGGAACUAUUGAUUCCCAAUCCGUUUGAGGAUACUACCAGCAUGAAGGAAGAAGACACAACCAGAGAGGCGUUAGUGGUUCCUAAUCCGUUCAAUCCGACAGCGACUACGAUGAAAACCACAAGGAAGCCAUUGGUUGUUCCAAAUCCUUUCGAGAAUUCUACAUCAACGUCGACUGGAUCAACGAGAGAGGAACUAUUGAUUCCCAAUCCGUUUGAGGAUACUACCAGCAUGAAGGAAGAAGACACAACCAGAGAGGCGUUAGUGGUUCCUAAUCCUUUCGAUCCCACAGCGACUACGAUGAAAACCACAAGGAAGCCAUUGGUUGUUCCAAAUCCUUUCGAGAAUUCUACAUCAACGUCGACUGGAUCAACGAGAGAGGAACUAUUGAUACCCAAUCCGUUUGAGGAUACUACCAGCAUGAAGGAAGAAGACACAACCAGAGAGGCGCUAGUUGUUCCUAAUCCUUUCGAUCCCACAGCGACUACGCUGAAAACCACAAGGAAGCCAUUGGUUGUUCCAAAUCCUUUCGAGAAUUCUACAUCAACGUCGACUGGAUCAACGAGAGAGGAACUAUUGAUUCCCAAUCCGUUUGAGGAUACUACCAGCAUGAAGGAAGAAGACACAACCAGAGAGGCGUUAGUGGUUCCUAAUCCUUUCGAUCCCACAGCGACUACGAUGAAAACCACAAGGAAGCCAUUGGUUGUUCCAAAUCCUUUCGAGAGUUCUACAUCAACAUCUACUGGAUCAACGAGAGAGGAACUAUUGAUUCCCAAUCCGUUUGAGGAUACUACCAGCAUGAAGGAAGAAGACACAACCAGAGAGGCGCUAGUUGUUCCUAAUCCUUUCGAUCCCACAGCGACUACGCUGAAAACCACAAGGAAGCCAUUGGUUGUUCCAAAUCCUUUCGAGAAUUCUACAUCAACGUCGACUGGAUCAACGAGAGAGGAACUAUUGAUACCCAAUCCGUUUGAGGAUACUACCAGCAUGAAGGAAGAAGACACAACCAGAGAGGCGCUAGUUGUUCCUAAUCCUUUCGAUCCCACAGCGACUACGCUGAAAACCACAAGGAAGCCAUUGGUUGUUCCAAAUCCUUUCGAGAAUUCUACAUCAACGUCGACUGGAUCAACGAGAGAGGAACUAUUGAUUCCCAAUCCGUUUGAGGAUACUACCAGCAUGAAGGAAGAAGACACAACCAGAGAGGCGCUAGUUGUUCCUAAUCCUUUCGAUCCCACAGCGACUACGCUGAAAACCACAAGGAAGCCAUUGGUUGUUCCAAAUCCUUUCGAGAAUUCUACAUCAACGUCGACUGGAUCAACGAGAGAGGAACUAUUGAUUCCCAAUCCGUUUGAGGAUACUACCAGCAUGAAGGAAGAAGACACAACCAGAGAGGCGUUAGUGGUUCCUAAUCCGUUUGAGGAUACUACCAGCAUGAAGGAAGAAGACACUACCAGAGAGGCGUUAGUGGUUCCCAAUCCGUUUGAGGAUACUACCAGCAUGAAGGAAGAAGACACUACCAGAGAGGCGUUAGUGGUUCCCAAUCCGUUUGAGGAUACUACCAGCAUGAAGGAAGAAGACACAACCAGAGAGGCGCUAGUUGUUCCUAAUCCUUUCGAUCCCACAGCGACUACGAUGAAAACCACAAGGAAGCCAUUGGUUGUUCCAAAUCCUUUCGAGAAUUCUACAUCAACGUCGACUGGAUCAACGAGAGAGGAACUAUUGAUUCCCAAUCCGUUUGAGGAUACUACCAGCAUGAAGGAAGAAGACACAACCAGAGAGGCGUUAGUGGUUCCUAAUCCUUUCGAUCCCACAGCGACUACGCUGAAAACCACAAGGAAGCCAUUGGUUGUUCCAAAUCCUUUCGAGAAUUCUACAUCAACGUCGACUGGAUCAACGAGAGAGGAACUAUUGAUACCCAAUCCGUUUGAGGAUACUACCAGCAUGAAGGAAGAAGACACAACCAGAGAGGCGCUAGUUGUUCCUAAUCCUUUCGAUCCCACAGCGACUACGCUGAAAACCACAAGGAAGCCAUUGGUUGUUCCAAAUCCUUUCGAGAAUUCUACAUCAACGUCGACUGGAUCAACGAGAGAGGAACUAUUGAUUCCCAAUCCGUUUGAGGAUACUACCAGCAUGAAGGAAGAAGACACAACCAGAGAGGCGCUAGUUGUUCCUAAUCCUUUCGAUCCCACAGCGACUACGCUGAAAACCACAAGGAAGCCAUUGGUUGUUCCAAAUCCUUUCGAGAAUUCUACAUCAACGUCGACUGGAUCAACGAGAGAGGAACUAUUGAUUCCCAAUCCGUUUGAGGAUACUACCAGCAUGAAGGAAGAAGACACUACCAGAGAGGCGUUAGUGGUUCCCAAUCCGUUUGAGGAUACUACCAGCAUGAAGGAAGAAGACACUACCAGAGAGGCGUUAGUGGUUCCCAAUCCGUUUGAGGAUACUACCAGCAUGAAGGAAGAAGACACAACCAGAGAGGCGCUAGUUGUUCCUAAUCCGUUCAAUCCGACAGCGACUACGAUGAAAACCACAAGGAAGCCAUUGGUUGUUCCAAAUCCUUUCGAGAAUUCUACAUCAACGUCGACUGGAUCAACGAGAGAGGAACUAUUGAUUCCCAAUCCGUUUGAGGAUACUACCAGCAUGAAGGAAGAAGACACAACCAGAGAGGCGUUAGUGGUUCCUAAUCCUUUCGAUCCCACAGCGACUACGAUGAAAACCACAAGGAAGCCAUUGGUUGUUCCAAAUCCUUUCGAGAAUUCUACAUCAACGUCGACUGGAUCAACGAGAGAGGAACUAUUGAUACCCAAUCCGUUUGAGGAUACUACCAGCAUGAAGGAAGAAGACACAACCAGAGAGGCGCUAGUUGUUCCUAAUCCUUUCGAUCCCACAGCGACUACGCUGAAAACCACAAGGAAGCCAUUGGUUGUUCCAAAUCCUUUCGAGAAUUCUACAUCAACGUCGACUGGAUCAACGAGAGAGGAACUAUUGAUUCCCAAUCCGUUUGAGGAUACUACCAGCAUGAAGGAAGAAGACAGUACCAGAGAGGCGUUAGUGGUUCCCAAUCCGUUUGAGGAUACUACCAGCAUGAAGGAAGAAGACACUACCAGAGAGGCGUUAGUGGUUCCCAAUCCGUUUGAGGAUACUACCAGCAUGAAGGAAGAAGACACAACCAGAGAGGCGCUAGUUGUUCCUAAUCCUUUCGAUCCCACAGCGACUACGAUGGAAACCACAAGGAAGCCAUUGGUUGUUCCAAAUCCUUUCGAGAAUUCUACAUCAACGUCGACUGGAUCAACGAGAGAGGAACUAUUGAUUCCCAAUCCGUUUGAGGAUACUACCAGCAUGAAGGAAGAAGACACUACUAGAGAGGCGCUAGUUGUUCCCAAUCCGUUUGAGGAUACUACCAGCAUGAAGGAAGAAGACACAACCAGAGAGGCGCUAGUUGUUCCUAAUCCUUUCGAUCCCACAGCGACUACGAUGAAAACCACAAGGAAGCCAUUGGUUGUUCCAAAUCCUUUCGAGAAUUCUACAUCAACGUCGACUGGAUCAACGAGAGAGGAACUAUUGAUUCCCAAUCCGUUUGAGGAUACUACCAGCAUGAAGGAAGAAGACACUACUAGAGAGGCGCUAGUUGUUCCCAAUCCGUUUGAGGAUACUACCAGCAUGAAGGAAGAAGACACAACCAGAGAGGCGCUAGUUGUUCCUAAUCCUUUCGAUCCCACAGCGACUACGCUGAAAACCACAAGGAAGCCAUUGGUUGUUCCAAAUCCUUUCGAGAAUUAUACAUCAACAUCGACUGGCUCAACGAGAGAGGAACUAUUGAUUCCCAAUCCGUUUGAGGAUACUACCAGCAUGAAGGAAGAAGACACUACUAGAGAGGCGCUAGUUGUUCCCAAUCCGUUUGAGGAUACUACCAGCAUGAAGGAAGAAGACACAACCAGAGAGGCGCUAGUUGUUCCUAAUCCUUUCGAUCCCACAGCGACUACGCUGAAAACCACAAGGAAGCCAUUGGUUGUUCCAAAUCCUUUCGAGAAUUCUACAUCAACGUCGACUGGAUCAACGAGAGAGGAACUAUUGAUUCCCAAUCCGUUUGAGGAUACUACCAGCAUGAAGGAAGAAGACACUACCAGAGAGGCGCUAGUGGUUCCCAAUCCUUUCGAUCCCACAGCGACUACGCUGAAAACCACAAGGAAGCCAUUGGUUGUUCCAAAUCCUUUCGAGAAUUCUACAUCAACGUCGACUGGAUCAACGAGAGAGGAACUAUUGAUUCCCAAUCCGUUUGAGGAUACUACCAGCAUGAAGGAAGAAGACACUACCAGAGAGGCGCUAGUGGUUCCCAAUCCUUUCGAUCCCACAGCGACUACGCUGAAAACCACAAGGAAGCCAUUGGUUGUUCCAAAUCCUUUCGAGAAUUCUACAUCAACGUCGACUGGAUCAACGAGAGAGGAACUAUUGAUUCCCAAUCCGUUUGAGGAUACUACCAGCAUGAAGGAAGAAGACACUACCAGAGAGGCGCUAGUUGUUCCUAAUCCUUUCGAUCCCACAGCGACUACGCUGAAAACCACAAGGAAGCCAUUGGUUGUUCCAAAUCCUUUCGAGAAUUCUACAUCAACGUCGACUGGAUCAACGAGAGAGGAACUAUUGAUUCCCAAUCCGUUUGAGGAUACUACCAGCAUGAAGGAAGAAGACACAACCAGAGAGGCGUUAGUGGUUCCUAAUCCUUUCGAUCCCACAGCGACUACGAUGAAAACCACAAGGAAGCCAUUGGUUGUUCCAAAUCCUUUCGAGAGUUCUACAUCAACAUCUACUGGAUCAACGAGAGAGGAACUAUUGAUUCCCAAUCCGUUUGAGGAUACUACCAGCAUGAAGGAAGAAGACACUACCAGAGAGGCGCUAGUGGUUCCCAAUCCUUUCGAUCCCACAGCGACUACGCUGAAAACCACAAGGAAGCCAUUGGUUGUUCCAAAUCCUUUCGAGAAUUCCACAUCAACGUCGACUGGAUCAACGAGAGAGGAACUAUUGAUUCCCAAUCCGUUUGAGGAUACUACCAGCAUGAAGGAAGAAGACACUACCAGAGAGGCGCUAGUGGUUCCCAAUCCUUUCGAUCCCACAGCGACUACGCUGAAAACCACAAGGAAGCCAUUGGUUGUUCCAAAUCCUUUCGAGAAUUCCACAUCAACGUCGACUGGAUCAACGAGAGAGGAACUAUUGAUUCCCAAUCCGUUUGAGGAUACUACCAGCAUGAAGGAAGAAGACACAACCAGAGAGGCGCUAGUUGUUCCUAAUCCUUUCGAUCCCACAGCGACUACGCUGAAAACCACAAGGAAGCCAUUGGUUGUUCCAAAUCCUUUCGAGAAUUCCACAUCAACGUCGACUGGAUCAACGAGAGAGGAACUAUUGAUUCCCAAUCCGUUUGAGGAUACUACCAGCAUGAAGGAAGAAGACACAACCAGAGAGGCGCUAGUUGUUCCUAAUCCUUUCGAUCCCACAGCGACUACGCUGAAAACCACAAGGAAGCCAUUGGUUGUUCCAAAUCCUUUCGAGAAUUCCACAUCAACGUCGACUGGCUCAACGAGAGAGGAACUAUUGAUUCCCAAUCCGUUUGAGGAUACUACCAGCAUGAAGGAAGAAGACACUACCAGAGAGGCGCUAGUGGUUCCCAAUCCUUUCGAUCCCACAGCGACUACGCUGAAAACCACAAGGAAGCCAUUGGUUGUUCCAAAUCCUUUCGAGAAUUCCACAUCAACGUCGACUGGAUCAACGAGAGAUGAACUAUUGAUUCCCAAUCCGUUUGAGGAUACUACCAGCAUGAAGGAAGAAGACACUACCAGAGAGGCGCUAGUGGUUCCCAAUCCUUUCGAUCCCACAGCGACUACGCUGAAAACCACAAGGAAGCCAUUGGUUGUUCCAAAUCCUUUCGAGAAUUCCACAUCAACGUCGACUGGAUCAACGAGAGAGGAACUAUUGAUUCCCAAUCCGUUUGAGGAUACUACCAGCAUGAAGGAAGAAGACACAACCAGAGAGGCGUUAGUGGUUCCUAAUCCUUUCGAUCCCACAGCGACUACGAUGAAAACCACAAGGAAGCCAUUGGUUGUGCCAAAUCCUUUCGAGAAUUCUACAUCAACGUCGACUGGAUCAACGAGAGAGGAACUAUUGAUACCCAAUCCGUUUGAGGAUACUACCAGCAUGAAGGAAGAAGACACUACCAGAGAGGCGCUAGUGGUUCCCAAUCCUUUCGAUCCCACAGCGACUACGCUGAAAACCACAAGGAAGCCAUUGGUUGUUCCAAAUCCUUUCGAGAAUUCCACAUCAACGUCGACUGGAUCAACGAGAGAGGAACUAUUGAUUCCCAAUCCGUUUGAGGAUACUACCAGCAUGAAGGAAGAAGACACUACCAGAGAGGCGCUAGUGGUUCCCAAUCCUUUCGAUCCCACAGCGACUACGCUGAAAACCACAAGGAAGCCAUUGGUUGUUCCAAAUCCUUUCGAGAAUUCCACAUCAACGUCGACUGGCUCAACGAGAGAGGAACUAUUGAUUCCCAAUCCGUUUGAGGAUACUACCAGCAUGAAGGAAGAAGACACUACCAGAGAGGCGCUAGUUGUUCCCAAUCCUUUCGAUCCCACAGCGACUACGCUGAAAACCACAAGGAAGCCAUUGGUUGUUCCAAAUCCUUUCGAGAAUUCCACAUCAACGUCGACUGGAUCAACGAGAGAGGAACUAUUGAUUCCCAAUCCGUUUGAGGAUACUACCAGCAUGAAGGAAGAAGACACUACCAGAGAGGCGCUAGUGGUUCCCAAUCCUUUCGAUCCCACAGCGACUACGCUGAAAACCACAAGGAAGCCAUUGGUUGUUCCAAAUCCUUUCGAGAAUUCCACAUCAACGUCGACUGGAUCAACGAGAGAGGAACUAUUGAUUCCCAAUCCGUUUGAGGAUACUACCAGCAUGAAGGAAGAAGACACUACCAGAGAGGCGCUAGUGGUUCCCAAUCCUUUCGAUCCCACAGCGACUACGCUGAAAACCACAAGGAAGCCAUUGGUUGUUCCAAAUCCUUUCGAGAAUUCCACAUCAACGUCGACUGGAUCAACGAGAGAGGAACUAUUGAUUCCCAAUCCGUUUGAGGAUACUACCAGCAUGAAGGAAGAAGACACUACCAGAGAGGCGCUAGUGGUUCCCAAUCCUUUCGAUCCCACAGCGACUACGCUGAAAACCACAAGGAAGCCAUUGGUUGUUCCAAAUCCUUUCGAGAAUUCCACAUCAACGUCGACUGGAUCAACGAGAGAGGAACUAUUGAUUCCCAAUCCGUUUGAGGAUACUACCAGCAUGAAGGAAGAAGACACUACCAGAGAGGCGCUAGUGGUUCCCAAUCCUUUCGAUCCCACAGCGACUACGCUGAAAACCACAAGGAAGCCAUUGGUUGUUCCAAAUCCUUUCGAGAAUUCCACAUCAACGUCGACUGGAUCAACGAGAGAGGAACUAUUGAUUCCCAAUCCGUUUGAGGAUACUACCAGCAUGAAGGAAGAAGACACUACCAGAGAGGCGCUAGUGGUUCCCAAUCCUUUCGAUCCCACAGCGACUACGCUGAAAACCACAAGGAAGCCAUUGGUUGUUCCAAAUCCUUUCGAGAAUUCCACAUCAACGUCGACUGGAUCAACGAGAGAGGAACUAUUGAUUCCCAAUCCGUUUGAGGAUACUACCAGCAUGAAGGAAGAAGACACUACCAGAGAGGCGCUAGUGGUUCCCAAUCCUUUCGAUCCCACAGCGACUACGCUGAAAACCACAAGGAAGCCAUUGGUUGUUCCAAAUCCUUUCGAGAAUUUCACAUCAACGUCGACUGGAUCAACGAGAGAGGAACUAUUGAUUCCCAAUCCGUUUGAGGAUACUACCAGCAUGAAGGAAGAAGACACUACCAGAGAGGCGCUAGUGGUUCCCAAUCCUUUCGAUCCCACAGCGACUACGCUGAAAACCACAAGGAAGCCAUUGGUUGUUCCAAAUCCUUUCGAGAAUUCCACAUCAACGUCGACUGGAUCAACGAGAGAGGAACUAUUGAUUCCCAAUCCGUUUGAGGAUACUACCAGCAUGAAGGAAGAAGACACUACCAGAGAGGCGCUAGUUGUUCCUAAUCCUUUCGAUCCCACAGCGACUACGCUGAAAACCACAAGGAAGCCAUUGGUUGUUCCAAAUCCUUUCGAGAAUUCUACAUCAACGUCGACUGGAUCAACGAGAGAGGAACUAUUGAUUCCCAAUCCGUUUGAGGAUACUACCAGCAUGAAGGAAGAAGACACUACCAGAGAGGCGCUAGUUGUUCCUAAUCCUUUCGAUCCCACAGCGACUACGCUGAAAACCACAAGGAAGCCAUUGGUUGUUCCAAAUCCUUUCGAGAAUUCUACAUCAACGUCGACUGGAUCAACGAGAGAGGAACUAUUGAUUCCCAAUCCGUUUGAGGAUACUACCAGCAUGAAGGAAGAAGACACUACCAGAGAGGCGCUAGUUGUUCCCAAUCCCGAGGACCACACGAGAGCCAAUAGUCCUCCCGAAUCCGUUUGUGAGUCUAACGACAAGAGGAGCGACGAAAUCUACUAG